UGUUCUGUGAAAAAUGAUCAGUUGAAGUUUUCAAACUUAUUCAGCUAAGUGAGACGUAAGGGAGGGAGAGAUUGUCGGAAUCCUUACAAUGAAGGCGCCGGCGAAUAGUGCAGCGGCGCCGGCGACUGCCAACUCUUGCGAAGGAGAGAGAAAGAGCAUCAACCCUGAGCUAUGGCACGCGUGUGCGGGACCGCUCGUCACGUUGCCGCCGGUCGGGAGCCUCGUGGUGUACUUUCCUCAGGGUCACAGCGAGCAGGUUGCAGCAUCCAUGCAGAAGGAUAUAGAUACACACAUCCCAAACUACCCGAAUCUGCCUCCAAAGCUGAUAUGCCUCCUGCAUAAUGUUACACUGCAUGCUGAUCCAGAAUCAGAUGAAGUUUAUGCCCAGAUGACACUACAGCCUGUUUCCUCUUACGACAAGGAGUCAUUACUGGCUUCGGAUCUUGCACUUAAACAAAAUAAACCACAAACAGAGUUCUUCUGCAAGACUUUGACUGCAAGUGAUACAAGCACUCAUGGAGGUUUCUCUGUGCCCCGUCGUGCAGCAGAGAAGAUUUUUCCCCCUCUUGAUUUCUCUCAGCAGCCACCCGCUCAAGAAUUAAGAGCCAGAGACUUGCAUGAUAAUGUAUGGACAUUCCGGCAUAUUUUCAGAGGCCAACCCAGAAGGCACUUGCUCACAACAGGUUGGAGUCUAUUUGUAAGUGGAAAGAGGCUCUUUGCCGGUGAUUCUGUCUUAUUUAUUAGAGAUGAAAAGCAGCAGCUUCUCUUGGGUAUUAGGCGGGCUAAUAGGCAACCUGCUAUUAUAUCGUCAUCAGUAUUAUCAAGUGAUAGUAUGCAUAUUGGCAUCCUAGCAGCUGCCGCCCACGCUGCUGCAAACCACAGCCUAUUUACUGUGUUUUACAAUCCACGAGCUAGUCCAUCAGAAUUUGUGAUUCCUUUAGCCAAGUACUAUAAGGCUGUCUAUAGCAACCAAAUAUCCCUGGGUAUGCGAUUUCGGAUGAUGUUUGAAACUGAAGAGUCAGGCACCCGAAGGUAUAUGGGUACAAUAACAGGCAUCAGUGAUCUUGAUCCAGUAAGGUGGAAGGACUCCCAAUGGCGUAAUUUGCAGGUUGGCUGGGAUGAGUCCACAGCGGGGGAAAGGCGCAACCGGGUCUCACUAUGGGAGAUAGAACCUGUUGUGGCUCCAUUUUUCAUUUGUCCCCCACCUUUUUUCAGAUCCAAGCGCCCAAGGCAGCCAGGAAUGCCAGAUGAUGAGUUCGAUCUAGAGAACCUUUCCAAGAGAACAAUGCCUUGGCUUGGUGAUGAUAUCUGCAUAAAGGAUCCACAGUUCCAGAAUGCUGUAAUGCCAGGCCUGAGCUUAGUCCAGUGGAUGAAUAUGCAACAAAAUCCUUUCCUCAGUAGCUCGACCUUGCAACCCGACUGCAUGCGUACUCUAACUGGACCUGUUCUCCAGAACCUUUCUUCAGCAGAUCUUUCUCAUCAGUUGGGCCUGCCAGGAACACAGAUCUUGCAGCCAAACAACUUACAAUUUAAUGUCCAGAGACUGCCACAACAAGCACCACCGCUUGACACGCUGACAAAGUUACCAACCACAUUGAGCCAAUUAGACUCAGUUAUGCGACCACAGCAGCAGCUGGAAGACAUCAACCAGCAGCGUAGACUAAACUUAAUUAAUCAAGCAUUUCCUCCUAAUCAAACUCCAGCACAAUUACUACAGUCUCCAGUUUUGAUGCAGAGCCACAAUCUUCAUCAGCAACAACCACAUAUCCAAAACCAUCAACUUAAUGCAAACCUUCCUCAGAUACCCCAGCAGCAGCAACAAUGGCGGCAGCAGCAGUUGCAACAGCAACAACCACCACCACCACUACAACCACAACAGCAACAGCAGCAACAGCAACAGCAACAGCAACAGAAACAGCAGCAGCAGCUGCAGCUGCAGCAAUUUACUAGUCAAAACCAGCAGCAGAAUCAUAUGGAAGCUCAACUCUCACAAGUUAACCAACAGUUACAGAUGUCAGAACAUCAGAUUCAAUUGCAACUGAUUUCUCAGAAGCUUCAGCAGCAACAUCAGUCACUCAUGUUGCAGCAAUCUAUGCAACAACAGCAUCCACAGCUGGUCCAACUCCAAGAGCAGCAGAGGCAGCUGUUGGAAGUGCCUCAAUUGUCAACUGUGUCUACCUCGAGCUUGCAUUCUCAGCCGCAAAUGAUCCCCCAGCACAUGACAAAUAAACGGCAACCAGGUGUUCAGAUCUCUCCUUCAACCCAGCAGAUUCAACCACCAACAAAGCUUCAGCAGCAGCAACCAGGCAUGCUGGCACAGUUGCCUGGACAGAUGGUACUUCCUUCAGCCUCAACAGAAAAUCUUCUCUCAACUGCAGGCAGUUUACUGACAGCCACUGGAGGUGGAGUACAGUCAGGUCUUAAUGAUGACAUUCCAUCUUGUUCCACAUCCCCUUCAACAAACAACUGUUCCAAUGUAGCCCUGCCAGUCACAUGCAGUAAAACCCAACGCAGCCCAGCAUUGCCAGAGCAAAUGGCUCAAUCUGCUGCAACACUCUUGAAUCCUGGUAUUUUGGAAGCCAUGUCAGCAGCUUCUAACUUAGUGAAGGAGUUGCAGCAGAAGCCUGAUAUCAAGCCUUCUGCAUCAGUGUUGCCCGUAUCUAAGAGUCAGGCUCAAGGUGUUUUUGCCCCACAAAUGUAUGUUAAUGCUGCAGCCCAGAUUGAUUACUUGGACUCAUCGUCUUCAGCAACGUCAGUUUGCCUUUCUCAGAAUGAUGGGCCUUUACAGCAGAACUUCCAAUUGUCGUCUUUCAAUCCCCAGUCAGCAUUGUUCAGGGACACAAGUCAGGAUGGGGAAGUUCAGGCAGAUCCAAGGAAUAAUGUUCUGUUUGGCGUGAGCAUUGAUGGUCCAAUGGGAAUGCCUUUGACUCCUGAUCCUUUGCUAGUGAAGGGCCUAGAAUCUGGAAAGGAUUUCCCAAAUCAUCUUUCCUCAGAUGGCAUGCUUUCCAACUAUGGAAACUCCAAAGAUACUCAGCAGGAACUGUCGUCCUCAAUUGUUUCUCAAUCACUUGGGGUUCCAGAUAUACCAUUUAAUUCAAUUGAUUCUACCAUCAAUGACAGUGGCUUCUUAGGCAGAGGUCCAUGGGCUCCGCCACCUCAAUUCCAGCGGAUGCGAACGUUCACCAAGGUUUACAAGCGUGGAGCUGUUGGACGAUCGAUUGAUAUUAGCCGCUAUUCAGGCUAUGAAGAUUUGAAACAAGAUUUGGCUCGUAGAUUUGGCAUAGAAGGACAGCUUGAGGAUCGACAGAGAAUUGGGUGGAAACUGGUCUAUGUAGACCAUGAGAAUGAUGUUCUGCUAGUUGGGGACGAUCCUUGGGAGGAGUUUGUUAGUUGUGUUCGUUGCAUCAAGAUAUUGUCCCCUCAAGAAGUCCAGCAGAUGAGCUUGGAUGGAGAUCUUGGGAAUGGUGCCCUUCCAAAUCAGGCCUGCAGCAGUUCAGAUGGUGGAAAUGCAUGGAGAAAUGGUAACUUGGACCAGAAUUCUGGCAACCCUUCUGCGGGUGCAGGGUCAUAUGAACACUGAAUUGUUGGUUGGAACCUACCUGGAUGAUAAGAAUAAGGAGUGUGUGUGUAUGACAAUGCAAUCAUUAUGGGUGACCAGCCGGAUAACUGUUAUGUAGGUUGCACCCAUUGGCUGAUUUUUCACCUCAGAGCCC